AUGACAGUCAACACCCGUGCUGCUCUCAACCGGCUUUCGUAUGUACUAUACGAGCAUGCCGACAUGGAGAAAUUCAAGAAAUUUGCAGGAGAUUUCGGCCUCAUCGAAGCUGGGAAAGCAGAUGGUCUCACAUUCUACCGCGGAUACGGCAAGGAUGCGUACGUAUAUGUUGCCGCGGAAGGGCGGCGAGGGGGCGAGAGAAGGUUCAUAGGUGGUGGCUUUGUGGCGGAAUCGGCGCACGACUUCCACUUGGUCUGCCAGAUUCCAGGCGCCAAGAUACUAGACGCGACAAAGCGACCUGGGGGCGGGCAGCUAGUCGAGGUGCUCGAUCCCAACGGGUAUGUCGUCCAAGUUGCUUGGGAACAGGUUGAGCGCGAGGCGCCUGCCCAUGGAAUCUCAUCGUGUGAAGGCGGCCAGCCCCCAAUAAACGGCGCGCUCGACAAGAUUCGAAAGGGUCAGUUCACGCGCAUGAGUAGCGGCCCGGGUCUGGUCCACAAAUUGGGUCAUUUUGGCUACACGACAGACAACUAUGACGAGACGUGCCGAUGGUAUCAACAACACUUCAACUUUGUGCCAACGGAUGUGCUCCAUGCUCCAGACGACAAAGCUCGCGAGGUGGCCAAUCUUAUGCGCGUGGAACGCGGCAAAACAUUUGUUGAUCACCACUCGUUCCUCCUUGCCAGGGGUGAUGAUGGCAAAGGAACAAAGGUCCACCACUCGUCUUUUGAAGUCGAGGACAUGGACACGCAAAUGAUGGCGCAUCAAUGGCUGGGACAGGCCGGUUGGACCUUGGUUUGGGGUGUUGGCCGACAUGUCCACGGCUCUCAGAUUUUUGACUACUGGUACGAUAGCAGCGGCUAUAUUGUUGAGCAUUAUGCCGACGGAGACGUCGUCAAUGAAGACACGGAAACAACCUAUUCCCCUGCAGGUGUCAUGGCUGUAUGGGGGCCCCCUGUACCAGCCGUUUGGGGUGGAAAGGCCUCUGCGGUCAGCGGUUAG